AUGAAACUUAAUGCAAUUGCUCAACAUCGACUUAAACAUAUUAAUCUCUUGUUAGCACAUGAAUUAGCAUUAAUUGAACGUGAACAUGAAAAAAAUUUAAUAGCAUAUAAAAAUCUUACAACUUCGAUUUGUCGUGAUUAUGAUCGAAUAUCAAACUUAAAUCAAAAUAAAAUUUCAUUAUCAAUUGAUGAAAUUUAUGAUGAACAAAGUCAAACAUUUGAUUAUCCUAAGAAACAACUUUCAACAAAUAAUUAUUUAAAUGAUAAAUCUUGUUCAUCAAUAAUUAGUAGUAAUUAUACUCGAAGUCAAAUAGACGUAUCCAUAGUUCGAAAUUCUUCAAAAUAUCGACGUCAAUGUUCAAAACUUGAACGUUUACCUCCAAUAAUAAAAGCAAAUAUAUCAAAUCAACAUAAACCAUCAACUAGUAAUUUACAUUCGAUGAAUUGUUUUCAACCAACAGAUAAACGUAAACAAAGUUUUACUGAAACAUUUUCAUCAUUCGAUAAAAAUUCAUCAAAAAAAACUAUACCAGAAAUAACACCUAUACAAAAAGAAAUUCAAUCAUUUUUGGAAAGUUUACCAACAUAUACAGGUAUUCAAUGUGGUUUUGAUAGUUUUGGUUCAUCAUCUCGUUAUUCAUUUCGAUCAAAACGAUGA